UUCGCCAUUGACGAAGCACUCGAAGAAGAGAGAAAGUUGAAUUUAGGGAUUUUCUGGGAAACGUUUGAUGUUAUUGUGAUAAAUAAUCAGGUGAGAUCGAACAAUCUAGAGGACGAUUCGGUGUGAAAUUUUGAAUCCUUUUGAUAUUUAUUUUCCCGGGAAACUUGUGAUGUUGUGGUUUAGAUUCUGAGUGGUGAGAGGAAUCUCUUGUGUGUAUUAUUGUGAGGAAUUGAGGAUGACUGAUAUUGAUCCUUUGCAUCAAAAACCUGAGUCUAUGGACGGUUCCGGUGCUGAUUUUGCUCGUCGUUUUGAGGAUUUCAAUGAAGAUUUUAUCUUAUCCGGUUCUUGCAAUCAAGAAAAUGAUCAUGAUCAAGAGGAUGAACAAUCUCUGAGGAGGAGAAGGAGGUCUGAUCUCGAAGGUGACGACAUAGCGGAAUCCUCUGCUGCGAGGAGGCGUCAGUCCAGGAUUCUGAGCCGUUGGGCUGCAAGGCAGGCUCAGGAGAUGAUUACCACCAUCGAGAGGAGGAACCGUGAGUCUGAACUCAUUGCCAUUGCUGGUUUGCAUGCUGUCUCUACGCUUGAUGCUUCUUUCCUUAGGGAGGAGACACACUCUCCUCCUCCCUCUUCGAGGCGGCAGGUUACUGCUGAGAGGCCUAGAACUCAAGCAUCUGAGAUUUUUCAGAUGUGGAGAGAGUUGGAAGAUGAACAUGUACACAACAUGGCACGUGAGAGGCUGAGACCGAGGCAAAGAAAUGCUAAUGCAUCUGAGAGUCGGGUGAACAAUGAGAGCCUAAGGGGUUCAAGUGAGAGUGAGAGUGAUUAUAGAUCUUCCAGUAGAGAACAGUCUCCAGAUCUUGGCGAUGUUGAGAGUGAGAGGGUGAGACAAAGUGUACGUGGAUCCACAGAUAGUGAUUAUGUAACUAAUGUAAGACGGAGAGACGAUAACCUUAGAGGAGAACUGGUUGGUGAUACUGAAAGAGAGAGAGUCAGGGUUAUCAGGGAACGGAUGCAAAUGAUAAGUCAGCAGCGUGCAAGUCGAAGAGAUGAUCAACAAGAUGACAUGACUCAUGAGAGUACACAAGUUCAGAGGGUCGGUGAAGGGUUAGCCGUCGAGGAUGAGGAAGGGCGGCGGGAGCAUACUGAUAGAGAUUUGCGGAGAUUACAAGGAAGGCAGGCAUUUGUUGAUUUGAUCAUGAGGAUUGAACAAGAGCGGCGACAGCGAGAGCUUCAGGGUUUGUUGGAGCAUCGUGCAGUCUCUGACUUUUCUCAUCGCAACCGGAUUCAGUUGCUUCUUAGAAGAAGAUUCUUGCGGAAUGAGCCACCUGCAGAGGAAGUUAGGGCUCCAUCAAUGGCAGCAAGUGAACUUCGUCAGCUAAGAGAAAGACAUACAGUUUCUGAUUUGCGGGAAGGAGUCCGUGAGAGGCUAGAAAGCAAUACUAAUGGCGAUAACAUCAAUACUUCCCGGAUUAACCGAACAAUAGCUAAUACUACUGAGGAUUCUCAGAGGCUAAAUGAGAGCUCGAGUUCUUCUAUACAGGGGACUGGUACCCCACUCUUACCUAACAAUUCUGGCAGGUCGGGAAGUAACCGAACAGAUGCAGAUAGAAAUUGGGGGGAUGAUACUAGUGAAGAAAGGGUUUGGCCUGAAGUUUUCAGAACAGGCCUGGAAGCAACGUUAAGCCAGUUAAGUGAAAGGGAUGAUGGUAACCCAAUUAUAAACGAACAAGAAAACUUAGUUGAUGACCUGCACCAUGACGGAACUAGAAAUUCAAAUGCAACUGUUAUAGCAGAAGGUCAGAGUGUAUGGCCUGCAGAUAACACUAGACAGUCUGGUGGAAAUUGGCCAGAGACACGGUUUGAAGCACUAAGGAAUCGCCGUGUAGCACCAAUGAGAAGAUUAAACAGGCUCCAUUUACCUGACGAUAAUCUUUACAGCAUUGAGCUUCGAGAGCUACUAAACAGGAGAAAUGUUUCUAACCUUCUACGUAGUGGUUUCCGUCAAAAUCUGGAUCAACUGAUACAGUCCUAUGUUGAGAGGAGAGGAGGUCUUGCUCACGCUGACUGGGAUUUUCAACCAGCAAUAUCGGAUCCUAGAGAACAUCUUACAGAGCAACAAAGGUUUCCACAAGACGAGGAACAGCUUGAUGGCAUUAAUCCAUCACAAACGCUGCCAACUCCACCAGUGCCUCCACCACAGCCAACAAGGCAUCACACCAACUUCGCUCGUCACUCUCUGCAUCGAUCUGAACUUGAAUGGGAGAUGAUGAACGACUUGAGAGGAGAGAUGGCUAGACUUCAGGAAGGAAUGAGUCAUAUGCAGAGGAAUUUAGAAACAUGUCUGGAUAUGCAGUCUGAGCUGCAGCGUUCUGUUAGGCAAGAGGUCUCUGCAGCUCUAAACCGAUCUCCCGGUGACCAAGGUCUUGGACCAGGAACAUCCGAGGAUGGGUCGAGAUGGGGUCAUGUAAGGAACGGGACUUGCUGUGUCUGUUGCGAUACCGACAUAGAUGCCCUCUUGUACAGAUGCGGGCACAUGUGCACUUGCUCGGUGUGCGGUAACGAGCUAGUCAGAAAUGGAGGGAAAUGCCCGUUGUGUAGAGCGCCAAUCCUUGAGGUAAUCAGAGCCUAUACUGUCGCAUAA